AUGGUUCGCAUUUAUCGCAGUGACACCAAACGCAGCGCCGCCGCCUCUGAUUCUAAGCUGGAGGCUCCGCCCAAAGAGGAUAAUGGAAAGGCCGACGAUCCCGCUGGUUCUGACAACCAAGAAGACUCCCAGUCUACCACAGACUGUUGCGAUGAAAAGAAGGAGGUAACGGAAAAUUAUGAUGAUGAUAAUCAAACGGUGGUUGCCGUUGAAGAAGAUUAUCUGCAAGAGGAAGAUACUGAUCCUAAACAACAAAUUGAAGAGAGUUGUCAAAAUGAGGAUGAAGAAGAGAUUGAUUGUCCUACUUUGGCGGAGGCUCGUUUUCGGACGCUUGAAUCGACCUACUUUGGUGAUCUAACCGAAUUGUCAAAUAUUAAAUUAGAACGUCUUCUAGAGUUCAUUAAUUUGUCAAAUCGGCGAAAUAUUUCAAUUUUGGAUAAGUCUUCAAAACAUGAAGUAACGACAAUAUCAAAGUUGAGUACUACUGAACAUGAUAACAUUAAAUCAAAAUUUAAGGAACUUAUGGAUUCAUCAAAUGAGAAGGAAACAAAUUUAAGUAUUAAUAAUACAACAAAUAAUACUCCACAAACUAACUUAUCAUUAAAAGAAAAAGUCAACAAAAGCUUAAAUAAAGUGAACGUAGAACGUAAUGCUCAAGUUAUCACCAAAGAAUCAGGAAGUGAUAGAAAAGAUUUAAAUCAAGAAUUGGAGAAUAACAGGAACGAUUCUGUUUUAUCGACCACACAUAAUAUUUUGGAAAACUCACGUUCAGAUAUUAAAUAA